UCCGAUAGCAUGACGUAAGCAGACGCGUGCACGUAUGAGGAGGGAAUCACUUGUCGCGUCAAUUCUACCUAGAACCAACAAUUACAACAACCGUACCGUAGACAAUUGUACUGAGAAAACGUCAAGGUGCUGCGGAUUUAUUGCAUGAAAAAGAUGGAGAAAUCCAAAUUAGAAGCUCGUGUGAAGUCCUUAGAAGAGCAGAAAGUUCAAUUGGAAAAGCAGCUUGUUGAAGCAAAAGCAAAAUUAAGAGACCCUGACGCGCAUAAAACAGUAAGAAGACAUAUUGAACUGCUUCAUACAUACAACGAAAUUCGGGACGUUGCUCUAGGAAUGAUUGGAAAGGUUGCAGAGCAAGAAAAAUGUACAAGUAUGGAGUUGCUAGACCGUUUCGGAGUGAAAGGAUGUGAAUGAAAGAGCUCCCCAUGUGUCUUUGAAGCAACAAAGGUUACUAUCAAUCCAAAGUGGCAAGUGUUUUUUCGAGAGAUUGGACUUCAUUCACGGAAGCAUCAAACGGCAAUCGCUGUAAUUCGCGCUCCCAGAACCCAAUUUGUCGCUCAGUCGGGCUAAGAACAGUUUGUAACCGCUUGUCAAAGUACGAAAGCCGAUCAUCCAACACACUGGAGUCAAGCUUUAUGGACUCUGUGGGUUGAGACUCAAUUGCUUUUUGUAAGAUGGGGAGUUGGUCCAUCAGAAAAUCAGUGGAGUCCGGUAACGUUACCUUCUGUGAUCGGAAUGUUGCAUCUAAUUCUGUUAGGCGCUGUAUGCGUUCACGGAUUUCUGUUUUUCGUUGGCGAAUCGCUUGAAGUUGAGCUUGCAAACGAUUGCGUUUUCGUAAACGGUCUGUCAGAGUAUUCUUCACUUGUACAAUUUUCUGGUCAAGUUGAGUGUUCUGUACUUGUGUAACGGUAUAGUCGACAUCUUGGCCUUGCAUUCGAAAAUGUCCCGUCAGUUCUUGUGGGAUCAUAAAAAUAUUUCUUAAUGCAAACAGCUCAAAACGAUCAUAGUAUCUGUCUACGAUAUUCUCAAACAGAAUUUCAAAUUUGUGGAGUCCUUCCUCGAUUUCAGUAGCACUUGUUGUUCCCGAUGGUAAACUUGAGAAAAAACGGUCUACAGCAUUCACUGCCUUGUACAGCAACUGAUUUGUGAUGUUAAUGACGUCGUCUAUGAACGACAAUGGUGUGAAUUCAAGUAACUGAACCAACAUACUUGGUAUCGUCUUUUGCAGCGCUUGCUACUUCGUGAGCGGUACCAAAGACAAAUUUGAACGAAUUCGCACCAAUGGAAAAAGAAAGGAUCCGGGUGGUUUGAUUUGCUAGAAUGAAUUUAUUUACUCACCAAAGAUAGAUAAAGGAUGUGAUUAAUUU